AGAUUGCUGUCUCCUGCAUGCAUCGUCCAAUAGGCGCCGUUAUCUUUCAACUCGUGGGUGUUCUCUCUCUUGGCUACUGUCUGCUGCGGUUCCAAGCUAACGUGCUGUGUGGUUCAGUCUGAAAGAGCUCCACAAGACGGGCACCAACGCUCUUCCAUAAAGGACCCACUGGACGAAGCAGUCGCCAACUUUUCUAGAGCAAAAAUGCCUCCUCCAAUGCGCCACCGAUCAAUGCGUAUCUUUAUGAAUGGAGACCGCCAUGUCAUGGCCAAACACUCUGCGGUCUAUCCAACCCAGGAGGAGCUGGAAAGUGUUCAGAACAUGGUGUCUCACACAGAGCGUGCUCUGAAGGCAGUAUCCGACUGGCUGGAUAAGCAGGAAAGGGGAACCUGUAAGUCUGAGUCUGAAUGCACAGAAGCCGACAAGGACAGUGAGCAGAAAGAUCCGGCCACUCGCACUCUGCGUGGUGUCAUGAGGGUGGGUCUGGUUGCUAAGGGUCUGCUACUGAAAGGGGACCUGGACCUGGAGCUGGUGCUACUCUGUAGAGACAAGCCUACUGUCACUCUGCUGAAAAAAGUGUCUGAAAACCUGGUCACACAGCUCAAGACAUUCACUGAAGACAAAUAUGUGGUGACUCAGAACAUCCGUGAAGCCAGCAUCAUCAUCAAGAACACCAAGGAGCUUCCUCUCACCCUCACCAUUCACCUGACAUCUCCUCUGGUCCGUGAAGAGGUAGAAAAGACUUCUACUGGAGACACGCUUUCAGUCAUCGAUCCCCCGGAUGUUCUGGACAGGCACAAAUGCCUGACAGCCUUGGCAUCUCUACGCCACGCUAAGUGGUUCCAGGCCAGAGCCAACGGGCUGCGCUCCUGUGUCAUUGUCAUCCGGAUCCUGAGGGACCUGUGUACCCGCGUCCCCACAUGGUCUCCGCUCCGUGGCUGGCCGAUGGAGCUGAUCUGUGAGAAAGCAAUCGGCACAGGGAACCGGCCCAUGGGGGCAGGCGAGGCGCUACGGAGGGUUCUGGAGUGUCUUGCUUCUGGAAUCCUCAUGGCAGACGGGAUUUAUGACCCCUGUGAGAAGGAGCCCACAGAUGCUAUAGGUCACUUGGACCAGCAGCAGAGGGAGGACAUUACUGCCAGUGCACAACACGCUUUAAGGCUGUCGGCCUUUGGACAGCUCCACAAAGUGCUUGGGAUGGAUCCCCUCCCGUCUAAAAUGCCCAAAAAGACUCGUACCGACACUCCUAUUGAUUACACGGUGCAAAUUCCUCCGAGCACCACCUACGCCCCGCCCAUGAAGAGACCCAUUGAAGAUGAGGAAGGAACUGAUGAUAAGAGUCCAAACAAGAAGAAGAAAAAGCUGCAGAAAAAGUCAGCUGGGGAGGAGAAGGCUGAACCUCCUCAGGCCAUGAAUGCCCUAAUGAGGCUGAACCAGCUGAAACCAGGGCUCCAGUAUAAGCUGAUCUCUCAGACUGGUCCGGUUCAUGUUCCGGUCUUCACCAUGGCCGUAGAGGUCGAUGGUAAGAACUUUGAAGCAUCUGGUCCAUCCAAGCGCACCGCCAAGCUUCAUGUAGCUGUGAAGGUCCUGCAGGACAUGGGCCUGCCCACCGGAGUGGAGCUGAAGUCUGAGCCAACGGUGAAGGUGGAAGAGGCGACUGUAGCGGUCACCGUGGAGGAGUCCAAGCCUGCUGUAACACCGAGUCAGACUCCUGCUGCUGCUGCAGGAGCCGCUGCUGCAGACCACACAGACGCUGUGGAGGCCGUUCGCCAGCAGGGACCUAUUCUGACUAAACACGGUAAGAACCCGGUCAUGGAGCUGAACGAGAAGAGACGGGGCCUGAAGUACGAGCUCAUCUCCGAGACUGGUGGCAGCCACGACAAGCGCUUCAUCAUGGAGGUGGAGAUAGAUGGACAGAAGUUCCAGGGUACUGGAUCCAAUAAGAAGGUGGCCAAGGCUUAUGCUGCUCUGGCUGCUUUGGAGCAGCUCUUCCCUGAAGGAUCUGCACCCGAUGCUACCAAAAAGAAAAAGGGGCCUUCCAUGCACGCUGCAGGCUUUGGCAUGAUGGGAGACCCAGGUGUACCCAGAGGCAGAGGCAGAGGAGGGCGAGGUCGUGGGCGAGGCAGAGGCUUUAAUAAUGGAGGCGGUUACGGCCAAGCAGGUGGCUUUGGAACGUUUGGCUACGGGAACAGCGCUAACUCGGGCUACAAUUACUACAGCAGAGGAGGUGCACAUGGAGGAGGCGGGGCCUCGAGCAGCCCAGCAGCUGGUCCUCCUUUCAGCACAGCAGAAGCUCCGCCUCCGGUCUACGGUUCAUACUAUCAGGACGACGGCUCCUUCUCUGCCCCUUCUGGCAACAAACCACCCAAAAAGAAACCUCCAAUUCCAAAAGUUGGGAAGGCAGCACUUCCAGGUCCAAUAAGAGGAAGCACAGGCGCUGCAGGAGGCUAUCAGCCAAGCAGCUCACUGGGACAGGGCCUGUAUAACCAGUAUGGGCCGGGCAAAAAGACCUUCAACCAGAACCAAGCUGGUGCCGGGGGUUACACUUACAGCACGGCCUACCCCAGCCAGGUGACGGGAGGCGCUGGAGGUAACCAGGACUACAUCUAUGAUGGCUUCAGCGCCCUGUCCACUUACAACCCCCAGGGAGAGAACAACCAAGGCUUUGGGUCCAGCCACUCUCAGUACCAGCACUCCGGCUACAGCCGGGACGGCAGCAUGACUUACCAGUACAGAUGAAUCAUCAGCCCCCAGAGUGUCCCACCCUCGCCGCCGGCGCGUUGUUCCCAUGUUGCUCAGUGCUUUUGGCUUUAAUGUAGCACAUGUGGACACAGUGAGAUUCGUGGAUAUUUAAUGUCGAGAGCCGAGUUGUGGUUUCAUUUGGUGGUCUUUCAGUGGGUUAGUAACUUUUAUUUUACUCCAUCACUUCCCAUCUCUAGAUGUGAUUUUAAUUUGGUUCCUUUUUUUGAGAAUCGACUGUUCCUCAUCUUUGUUGCAACAAAAAUACCCAAAUAGUUCUUUUCUGCAGCUGCUUGCUUGUAAUUUGUACUUAUUUUACAAUGUUCCUGAUGUGGUGCAGGUUAUUUUUUAAUAGUUGCAACAUUCUCGUUUAUUUUGAGUCCACAUCGCUGCUCAAUUUAGUGUUUGAACUGACUGGAUGUAUUCCUGUUAUUGUGGAACAAAGUGUAUUAAUAAAUGACUUAUUUUGA